UUGUGGAAACGGCGUUAAGUAAUAAUAUAAACAACCAGCUCCACAGCCUGCAACCGGCAUCCGGGGUGUAAUUUUGUACUUUCUGUUUAUUGACCGCUUCAGAACUCUCCAAGAAGAUUGCCCACCCAGAUGGACAAAAUCAGCCCACUGCUGAUAAGAUAAGCGAAUACGGUCAGACAAAACGGGUUUGCUGAGGUGCCUAUCAAUCAUCGAUCUGUUGAGGAGGAGUAAAGAACCGUUGCCAUGUUCCAAGCGCUACAUCGGCGAUCAACAAAACUCGGCCUGCUGCGUCGAAUAACGAACCACCCCACGAGGUGUUUCGCCUCAUCCACAGACGAUCGCGGCGAAGAUAAACGACGAUCACCACCGGGAAGCUCCAAAGAUCUCUCGCAAAGUGUGGAAGCCAACAGCGAGAAUCCUAUUUCGCGAACGCUCAAGCUACUGGGCAAUGAUGCGAGGCGUGUAAAAAAGUUCAUCCUUCCCAACAGUGCCGCCGUUGGCAAAGGCAGUGGCGACGAGUCGAUCGACAACUAUCUGGAACGAUACCGGCGGGAUGAUUUCCAGUCACACUGUGAUAUCCUCGUUAUCGGUGGCGGUGGAGUCGGAUCGUCGAUCGCGUACUGGCUAAAGAAACGUGCACGGGACGGGCUGAAUGUGGUGGUGGUAGAGAAGGAUGCGACCUACGCGCAAGCAUCCACCUGCCUGUCGGUGGGAGGGCUGCGGCAACAGUUCUCGAUCGUAGAGAACAUUCAAAUGAGUCUGUACGGGGCAGAUUUUAUGCGCAACAGCAAGGACUAUCUUGGCGAGGAUAUCGACCUGAACUUCACUCCCUUCGGAUACCUUCUGCUGGCGACUGAGGCCGGUGCGGAACAGCUGCAGGAGAAUUCGAAGCUUCAGAACGCGCUCGGAGCGAAGAACGAGCUGCUAACUGCUAGCCGGCUGAAGCAACGCUUUCCCUGGAUGAACACCGAUGGAAUAGCACUCGGUUGCCAUGGGCUAGAGAAGGAAGGAUGGUUCGAUCCUUGGGCUCUGCUUAGUGGCUUCAAAAAGCGAGCCAUCGAAUACGGCGCACACUACGUCGAGGCCGAAAUGGUUGGUUUCGGUUUCCGGCAACAACCGGAUAUUCUGGCCGAAGGAAUAGAAGAAGGUUCAUAUGAGGGCCUCGACCGAGCGUUCCUCAAGAUGAAGGAUGGCGAAAUUCGUGAGGUAAAGUUUGCCAUUGCGAUCAUCGCUGCUGGUGCUCAGUCGGGGUCUGUGGCGCGGAUGGCACGAAUAGGAAGCGGUAGCGGUAUGCUUUCGGUCCCUCUACCGGUUGAGCCACGGAAGCGCUACGUGUAUGUGUUUCAGUGUGAACAUGAUAAGGGACCAGGUAUUAACACACCACUUACGAUCGACCCGAUUGGAACGUAUUUCCGGCGGGACGGACUUGGCGGGAACUAUCUGGCUGGCAAGAGUCCGUUACCGGAAGAUGAGCCUCCCGUCGACACGCUGGAGGUGGAUCAUGGAUACUUUGACAAAGCCGUGUGGCCUAAUCUGGCCAAGCUGGUGCCGAGUUUUGAAGCCAUAAAAGUGAAAAACUCCUGGGCAGGGUACUACGAGUUUAAUACCUUCGACGAGAACGGCAUUGUGGGACCGCACCCGUACUACAACAACCUCUACAUUGCUACUGGAUUCAGUGGACACGGUAUCCAACAAACGCCAGCUGUUGGGAGAGCCGUGUCAGAGAUGAUCAUCGAUGGAGGCUUCCGGACGGUUGAUCUUACCCGGUUCGGUUUCGAUAGGAUCCUCAUCGAUCAACCGAUGUACGAAGCGAACAUUUUCUAGUCGAAUGCGGAUGCGAAUGCGGACAAAUAAAAGAAUGGUUAAAAUUGA